CUCGCCGGCUGCGGGCGCCGCCAUGGCUGCCAUAUUGGGGAGGGAGUGAGCGCGGGAGGCGGCGGCGGCCGGGAAGGAGCCCGUCCCUUCUCCCUUCUCCCUGGGCGGGCACGGGGCCUCCCGACGGCGCCUUGCGCGAUCCCUCCGAGCGGAGGCAGCGGUGGGCGGCGGCCGAGCGGAGCGGAGCUGAGCGCCCCGGAGGCGGUGGCCGCGGCCUAAGAUGGCGGACCCGGCAGAGUGCAACAUCAAAGUGAUGUGUCGCUUCAGGCCCCUCAACGAGUCCGAGGUGACCCGCGGCGACAAGUACGUCGCCAAGUUUCAGGGCGAGGACACCGUCGUCAUCGCGUCCAAGCCAUACAUAUUUGACCGUGUAUUCCAGUCAAACACAUCACAGGAACAAGUAUACAAUGAUUGUGCUAAAAAGAUUGUCAAAGAUGUACUUGAGGGAUACAAUGGUACAAUAUUUGCUUAUGGGCAAACAUCAUCUGGGAAAACGCACACUAUGGAAGGGAAACUUCAUGACCCAGAUGGAAUGGGGAUUAUUCCAAGAAUAGUGCAAGAUAUUUUUAAUUAUAUAUACUCUAUGGAUGAGAAUCUCGAGUUUCAUAUUAAAGUGUCAUAUUUUGAAAUAUACUUGGAUAAAAUAAGGGACCUUUUGGAUGUUUCAAAGACCAAUCUUUCUGUUCAUGAAGAUAAAAAUAGAGUUCCCUAUGUAAAGGGUUGCACAGAGCGUUUUGUAUGUAGUCCAGAAGAAGUUAUGGAUACUAUAGAUGAAGGAAAAUCUAAUCGACAUGUAGCAGUUACAAAUAUGAAUGAACACAGCUCCCGAAGUCAUAGUAUUUUUCUUAUUAAUGUAAAACAAGAGAAUACUCAAACAGAACAGAAACUAAGUGGAAAACUUUACCUUGUGGACUUGGCAGGUAGUGAAAAGGUGAGUAAAACUGGAGCAGAAGGUGCUGUGCUGGAUGAGGCUAAGAAUAUCAACAAGUCUCUGUCUGCUCUUGGGAAUGUCAUUUCGGCAUUGGCUGAAAGCAGUACUUACGUUCCAUAUCGUGAUAGCAAAAUGACAAGAAUCCUUCAGGACUCGCUAGGAGGUAAUUGCAGAACCACUAUUGUUAUUUGCUGUUCUCCAUCUUCAUACAAUGAAUCUGAAACGAAGUCUACUCUUCUGUUUGGCCAAAGAGCAAAGACCAUUAAGAACACAGUCUGUGUCAAUGUGGAGCUCACUGCAGAACAGUGGAAGAAGAAAUAUGAGAAAGAAAAAGAGAAGAACAAGACUCUGCGUAACACCAUACAGUGGCUAGAAAAUGAACUCAACAGAUGGCGGAAUGGGGAGACUGUACCAGUUGAUGAGCAGUUUGACAAAGAGAAGGCCAAUUUAGAAGCUUUCGCAGUGGACAAGGACAUUACUGUURUUAAUGAUAAACCAGCUGCCACAAUUGGAGUAACAGGCAAUUUCACUGAUACUGAGAGAAGAAAAUGUGAGGAAGAAAUUGCUAAGCUGUACAAACAACUAGAUGACAAGGAUGAAGAGAUUAAUCAGCAGAGCCAGCUAGUAGAAAAACUAAAAACACAAAUGCUGGAUCAGGAGGAGCUUCUCGCUUCUACCAGACGGGACCAAGACAACCUGCAAGCAGAGCUGAAUCGCCUCCAAGCAGAAAAUGAUGCGUCUAAAGAAGAAGUGAAAGAAGUGCUGCAAGCCCUUGAAGAACUAGCAGUCAACUAUGACCAGAAGUCUCAGGAAGUAGAAGAUAAGGCAAAGGAGUAUGAGCUGCUUAGUGAUGAACUCAAUCAAAAAUCGGUUACUUUAGCCAGUAUAGAUGCGGAGCUUCAGAAACUGAAAGAAAUGACCAACCAUCAGAAGAAGCGAGCAACAGAGAUGAUGGCCUCCUUACUAAAAGAUCUUGCAGAAAUAGGAAUUGCAGUAGGAAAUAAUGAUGUCAAGCAGCCUGAGGGAACUGGCAUGAUAGAUGAAGAGUUCACAGUUGCAAGACUGUACAUUAGUAAAAUGAAAUCAGAAGUGAAAACAAUGGUUAAACGUUGCAAACAGUUAGAAGGCACCCAAGCUGAAAGCAAUAAGAAAAUGGAAGAGAACGAAAAGGAGCUGGCUGCCUGUCAGCUCCGUAUCUCACAGCAUGAAGCUAAGAUCAAGUCAUUGACUGAGUAUCUUCAGAAUGUGGAACAGAAGAAGAGGCAACUGGAGGAGUCUGUAGAUUCCCUUAAUGAAGAAUUAGUCCAACUUCGAGCACAGGAAAAAGUCCAUGAAAUGGAGAAAGAGCACUUAAAUAAAGUUCAGACUGCAAAUGAAGUUAAACAAGCUGUGGAACAGCAGAUUCAGAGCCAUCGUGAGACACAUCAGAAACAAAUCAGCAGCCUAAGAGAUGAAGUUGAUGCAAAGGAGAAACUUAUCACUGAACUACAAGACCAAAAUCAGAAGAUGAUGCUUGAACAGGAGCGUCUGAGAGUCGAACAUGAGAAGUUGAAGGCAACAGAUCAGGAAAAAAGCAGAAAGCUGCACGAGCUUACGGUUAUGCAGGACAGACGGGAACAAGCAAGACAAGAUUUAAAGGGUUUGGAAGAGACUGUGGCUAAAGAACUUCAGACUCUUCACAAUCUUCGGAAGCUGUUUGUUCAAGAUCUGGCUACUAGAGUGAAGAAGAGUGCCGAGAUUGACUCGGAUGAUACGGGAGGCAGUGCUGCACAAAAGCAGAAGAUUUCCUUCCUUGAGAAUAAUCUCGAGCAGCUCACAAAGGUCCAUAAACAGCUGGUACGUGAUAAUGCAGAUCUUCGCUGUGAACUUCCUAAACUGGAGAAGCGCCUUAGGGCCACAGCUGAGAGAGUGAAGGCUCUGGAGUCGGCGCUGAAGGAGGCCAAGGAGAACGCCUCCCGGGAUCGCAAGCGCUAUCAGCAGGAGGUGGACCGGAUAAAGGAAGCUGUGAGAUCCAAGAACAUGGCCCGACGAGGCCAUUCGGCACAGAUUGCUAAGCCCAUCCGUCCCGGACAACAUCCCGCUGCUUCUCCCACCCAUCCAAGUGCAAUUCGCGGGGGCGGCGCGUUCCCACAGACGGGCCCGGCGGCCGUGCUGCGCGGCGGAGCGCGCCAGGACAGAGGUUGCUGAAAACUGCUCUGUGAGGAGGAUUGGAUAUCGCACAGAGGGAGUCAUUCCAUGACAAUAACCUUUCCCUUCGGGGAUUGUAGGAUUAUUUUUUUGAAAAAAAUGUAUAAAUUAUACCUGGCCUGUACAGCUGUCUCCCCCUUCAACAAAUUCUGCUGAUUCCCCCCAAAAACUAGAGUGCAAUUUUGGCGUCUUGAAAAAGUACACAUUACUUACAGUGUAGCUCUGUUCAUUACAUGGUUUGUCUUUCAUGUCUUAAAUUUAGUCUGCACUGUGCCAAGCUGAAUGUACGUUAAGAAAAUCUUAGUUUGUUUUUUUUUUGCUCAAUUUGUGUACAUUUUUAUUGUCUUAGGGAAUGUGCGACAAUGUUUAUGUUCAUUUUUUUGUCACUCUGCAUAACACUACAUGUUCCACUCUGACUUAGAACAGCACUCUGCAUUGAAGUCCUCCUGGAAUGUUACACAAAGCAUCGGACCUAAACGUGUGUACAGUGUAAGAACCCUGAAGUGUGACAACUGCCAUCAGGCACUGCAGCCUCCACACCACAGAACUCCAAAGUUCAGCUUGAACAAGGCUAUUUAACUGUUAUCUAUAACUUGCCCGUUAAUCGGGUUAUUUGGAAAUAUUGUACAGUAACUAGAGUAAACCGAAGUUUACAAAAGAGGCUUUGGCGAUGGAGCGUCUCGUGUGUCUUGUUCCCGGGUGUGCAGCCCGYGCAGGGCGGCGGGGUGAAAAGGUUCUGCCUCGUUGGGAUGAGCCCACGCGGUGCCGAGCGGUGCUGGCCGCGCUCGGGCUUCGCGCUCGGAGCGGCAACGCGAGAGCAACAACUGGAACUGUCCUCCAUGCUCCCUGUGUCUCUAAUGGCCCUGGAGCUGGGGCUACAAUUCCACCUUUUGGUUUGGGGGAAGAAAAUAGGGAUUCCUUUCAGCAGCUGGGUGAUGAGUUCAGGUUUGCUAAUAAAGGAUGUGUCUUUCUAAAGCUGGCAUGUCURGAAAUCCCAAGGGCUUGUGUUUAAUUAAAAGAGAAGUGCUACACUGAACUGUAUUUGUAAUGCAUUUGUAAGUAGGUAUAUGAAAUGUCCAAGGUAGUAGUUGUCAAAUAUUUUUCUUCUCUUUGCAAUAAAGUCCUGUCAAGUGGCUGAAGUGACACGCGGGUUUUUGUGUUUGCGUGGAGCUCCAGGACUCCUGAACCUGACUUUUAAAAUUUUCUUGCAGAAUUUGCAUAAGUUAUUCCUAGGGUUUAGCCACUACAUUUUUUAGAACAACCUUCCUCUGGAAAAAAAAAUCGGUCACCAGAUCUUGGAGAGAAGGAACUUAAUAUUACUUAAAAAAAAAAAAUAAAAAAUAAAAAAAAAAUCAGAUAGCUUUUCAAAGGCUGUUAAUACCACUUUGUGUAUUAUACAAUUAUACCACUUUUUGCUGGGUAUUCAGUUAUUGUGGAAGCAGUAGAGAUUCUAUGACUCUUUAGAGGGCAAAUCACUUAACUUUUAUAUUAUAAAUAUACAAAAUAUUUAUAUUGUGAUGGAACAUAGUCCAAUUUUAGACCUUUAUUCACUUUUUUCUAUAACUACAGUAGCCUGAAUUUUUGAUAAUUUGAUUUUUGAAGGCUGAAUGUAUCAGUCAGGUAUGUCACUAUUUUGGAAUUUUCAGCUUUUAAAAGCUCUUUUGUUUAAGGCUGCCAAACACUCCAAACUUGCAGUUGUUUUAGAGCAUGAUUARAGACUGCACACACAGAAAAGAAAAAUAAUGGCAAAUGUUUAAAUGAAAUAUCACAUAAUGGAAAGAGGGCUGCUCAUUAUCUCCCUCGAUGUUAACCACAGGUCUUCAGACCUUUACUACUUAAGCUGCAAUCAUAACUAACUCUCUUGAAACUACAUUUAAAUGAAGCAGGACUUUUUUUCUCUUGCCUGUGAGUGGGGAGGUUCAGUGCUGUAGCUAAUGAUCAGGGGCUUUGGUGCUGAAAAUUGCUGUGUUUAAAAUAAAUAAAAAUCUAGCCUGUAGCUCUUGAAGUGUACAUCACCUUUUUAUAUUUAAACUUUUUUUUUUUAAAGACCUUUCAAGUUUACUGAGAACUGCCUCUUAAUGUUAAAUAAAACUUCUUUUGGUUUKGUUUUGUUGGUUUGGCUGUCAUAUGUCAGCUGGACAGGACAAUUACUGUUUUUUGUAAAUUAAAAUAGUCUAGGGGGAAUGUUCAGUUCACUGCUCUUUCAACCUGCAGUCUUGGCUUCUUUUUACAUUCCUC